AUGAACUACGCUUUCCUCCGAAAUCUUGCAAUAAUAGGAUUUGAGGGUACCAUUAAGAAUAAAACAGCCAUCACCAUCAACGGAACAUUGUGUAAAACAAUAUAUGUAUGUUCAUUAAAGGACAAUUACAAAAUUAAUAACAUGUCAGUAUCAGUCAUAAUUAUAAAGAGGGCUAUACAAUUAGGAAAAUCUUUUAAAAUUCCAAUUAGAGAAACAAUAACUGUUUUAACCCGUUUGGGUUAUAUAUUAAAUCAUUCAUGGGGUAAAACAAUUAAUCAGAAAUUGAUCAUCAAUAAGUCAAUGCGAAUCACCAAAGGUGGUUUUGUUUAUAACGACAAUAUGACACAUCUAAAGAAUAAUUUGGAUCAAGAUAUUCGAUUCAAAUUAAUGUAUCUAAAUGAAUAUCCUGAAAUGAAAAUAAAGUACAACACUUACAUAAAAAACAACAGAGAUGUGUAUGACAUGAUCAUCGACUAUAUAAAAGCUGUAUUAAUAGCCAAGCCAGAUAAUGUGUUACAGUUUUCAAUCGAUUACUUUGAAGAGUUCUAA